AUGGCUGAAAGGCUUGCAGAACCUAAAAGUUCGGUAAUUGUGAAUGGAAGAAAGCGCAUCACCUCCAAAUUUGUUGAUGGAAGCGAGAUGGUUGAGGAGUACGACGUCAUCACUGAUGAACUUCUGCUUAGAAAGCGCCGGGUAAAGAAUACCCUCGGGAACUUCGGUAACUGGCAAGUGGAGGUGGGGAGUGAAGUAAAAACGCGUAAUCUGGAGAAGGAAUUGCUGAUUGAGGCAAAUGGCAGCCCGGAGAUUGUGAAACAAGACACCCCCGAAUAUCAUGUAUUCCGUAUCCGCAACCUACCCUACGCAAAGGAUGUGUUUAGUGUAACGGUGGAGCAUCGCGAGCCUGGAGAUGUUGGCGAGAUAGUCGUGCGUACCAGCAACAAGAAGUACUUUAAGAGAUUGAGCAUUCCUGAACUUCAGCGGCACCACAUUCAACUUGACCCAGGUCAUCUUUUAUACGAUGUACAACACAACACAUUGAUUAUUCGUUACAAAAAGCACCUUGCGGUUUUAGCAGCAGAUGCUGCAGCCAAAAAAGAACGAGCAGCGCUGCCAGCGAGACGCAUAGAUGGUGCGGAUGGCAAUGCUAGUGAUGGAUGUGCGCAGCAGUAA